UUACAGAAAAUUUGAGGACAGGAGACUUAACUGAAGGGAAGAGACAUGGCUGGUAAUGCUGCAGCCUACGCUGAGAGGGCAACUAGUGAUAUGCUGAUUGGUCCAGACUGGGCAAUAAACAUUGAAUUAUGUGAUAUUAUUAACAUGGACCCUGGGCAAGCAAAAGAUGCCUUAAAGACACUCAAGAAGCGUCUUGGCACUAAAAAUCCGAAAAUACAACUUCUGGCUCUUUUUGCUUUAGAAACUCUCAGCAAAAAUUGUGGUGAGAGUGUUUUCCAGCAGAUAGUUGAGCGUGAUAUCUUACAUGAAAUGGUUAAAAUAGUAAAGAAGAAGCCAAACUUGAAUGUGAGGGAAAAGAUACUAAUCCGAAUUAACACAUGGCAAGAAGCCUUCGGGGGACCUCAGGGGAGAUAUCCUCAAUACUAUGCAGCAUAUAAUGAACUGAAGGCUGCUGGAGUUGAAUUCCCACCUCGAGAAGAGAGCAGUGUACCAUUCUUUACUCCACCCCAGACCCAGCCAAUAAUUUCUCCUGUUACUGAAUACAAUGAUGCUGCUAUUAAGGCCUCUUUACAGUCUGAUGCUUCAGGCCUCAAGUACUUCCUCGAUGACAACUGACUUUUGUUUGUCAUAAACAUUUAUUCAAAUUA